CUUGCUUUUGUCGUGUUUCACAGUCUUUAUUUCGAAAUAGGUGAAUAUGAUUUUUAUGACAAACUUAUCUUUAUGCCAGUUUGGGUGAAGAAUUCCAAGGUAACUAUACAAAACUCCUGGAGAAGGGUGGAGAAGUUGUUGAACCUGCCUGAUCGUUGUUUUUGAAAGAACCACGCUUCCCUGAAGGUCAAAAAGGAGGAGAAAAGAGAGAAGCAACUUGAAGUUGAUCUCGCGUGUGAGCAUUUGUGCUCCUUGCAGCAGCGAAUGCUUCACUACGACAGCAUGUUUUCAAUUGAUCACAAACGUGUGAAGAAUCUGAAAUGGGUGUUUUUGUCCUACCAGAAGUUAAGUGUUCAACACAAACUCAGCGGCGUAAGGCUGGUUUCAUUAUCUUAGCUGGUAUCAUGCCCCCCUUAAAGGAGGGAAUGAAAUAAGUCUAUCAGUCUUGGUACAGACCUGGUCUCUGGUGUUAAAUGGUAGGUGAUUUAGCAUUCUGGGGGCAUCUGUAUGUGCGUAUUUGGGUGUUCUGAAACAAAAGCAGAGCUGUUACUGGAAAUUCCCUGGCCAAAUUCAUCUUUCUGUAGGUGUGUGUAUAUAUGAGCGUAUCACAUUCCCCAUCUUGACCUUUUGAUAGACGAAUGAUCCUUUUUUACUAUCAGUUCGUCACUUAGAUAAUGAAUGUUUGGGGAUUACCAGUAACUGCAAAAAUAAUUGUACCAACUAUUGGUGUGUGCGAUACACAGAGCCUUUUUGCACCCAGGUAUUCCUAACCUAAACUAAUAUGUUGAGAGGGAGAAUAUAAUAUCUGUUUUGCAAGUCUACAAAUCUUUGUCUGGAAACUCCCAGAACUGAGCAUUAGCUAUUCUAACUGCUCCAGUUCUAGAAGCUUUGACAGAACUGGUGUUGUAUAUUACUUAAGCUGAGGGGGCUAAAUCAUCCUUCCUAGGCACUGAGGGCAGCGCAGCGAUAAAAGCAUGAAGAAAUGUCAGUGCACUCAAGUGAAAUAUUAAGUACUGAAAUGUGCAAAAAAAUACUUGCUAUUGCCGCUUUAAAGCUUAAGCGUAGAUUUACUAGACCUGACUAGGUGGUAAGGCUUUAAAUAUCUGCAGAGGCAUUGUAGUUUAGUGAAGAAGGAGUCUUGACAAAUUAAUUCAUCUUUGGUCUUGAGUUAGCUUUAUGUCUUGUAAGAAUUAUAAUCGGUCAAAGUAUAUAUAGGCUUUAAAAAGUUUAUUAAAAGUAACUCUCAAAAUCUGGUGAAAUGCUUCAUUGCUGACAGCUUUAGGUAAGUGUCUUCAACCUUAAGCAAUCCUACUGUGAUGGAAAAAAAGCAUUGUAUAUGCAUAGGAUUAUCUGAAGAACAAAAAGAAUUUUGCUCCUGAUUACCCUGUUGUUGCUUAAUAGAAGGGUAGAAUGGACUUUAAAAAGCUAAUUCUAAGAAACUUGCACUGUUUUUAAAAAGCACAGUGUUGCAGCAGUGUGUGUGGCCGGGGAGGGCAGGGCUGCCUGAUGGUGCUCCUCACCCAAGUUAGGAUCAUGGGGAUCCCUGCAGAGGUUCUUGUUCAAAGAUUUUUCUCAGAUGCAGUUCCUGUCCAGUUGAGUCACAUAUGCAAUUAAGCAAUAAAUGAGACUCAGUGAUUCAAAUUUUCCUUCCAUUAUCUGUUAAAUCUCUCUACAAAGGUGAAUUAGAAAUUCCAGUUUUCAGUGCUCUUAAUACCAACUAGUGGGACUGUGGAUCUCUGAGUAGCCUGAAUUUUCUCACUGGAAUUAUUAAAAUCACACUUGUGUUAAGCAUCUACAGGUUGUGGGCAACUGGUUCUGUGCGGAAUGUAUUCAUGCAUAAAGAAACAUUGCAGUGAAGCACAUCUGAAAAUCUGAUACACGCUAUUGUAAUAUAAUGUGAACUUCUGAAGUCACUUCUCACCAUCCUACCUAUCGGGGAGUAUAAUUCCAGAAUGACUACUGAGUUGUUAAGGUGGCUAUUUAGGAGCCAUGGCUAUGUUCCAUGCUUCCUUCUUCUGCUGAAUGAUAGUCUGAGGACACCUACUGGGCAUAGUGUUUGUUUCAUGUCUAGUUUUAAACUUGUAGUUUAUGCCUAGGUUUUUAGAUUCUUUCCUGAUGCAGCUACGGGAAGCACCAAUAUUAUGAGCAAAAUCAUGGAAGAGAAACUUGUAUAAAUUGAUAGUAGUGCAUAAAAGAAUAAAUGUGAGAUUUCCGAAUUAACCGGUAACUCUUCUUGGUCCGCUUGGCACUUAGGUUUCCAGUUUGGCUGUUGGACAGUUAGUUAAUACCUUGUCUAGGGGUCUCAGAACUUUCCUAGUGUAAGUUAUGUUGGUUUUAGUGCUAAUAUUUCAUGUAGUUUUAUGUAAGAGCAUGUUUGUUAUAGCUCCUUCAGCUUCCAACUAGGUCAGUAAGGUGUCCUUGUCCCUAUUCUUUGAACAAUCAGCUCCCUAAAGCCAGACAGUGUGAUAGCAAUUUUGGGAUUAGUGCUUCAGCAAUUAUAAAGUGGAAGGUCUUAAAUUAUAUUUGAUAACUAAGACCCGUGCACAAAACAUGAAGUGACUUUGUCUUCUUUAUUGCAGAUCCAUAACAUGGUGGCAGUGCUGGAAGUGAUCUCCAGCCUGGAGAAAUAUCCCAUUACCAAAGAGGCACUUGAGGAGACGAGACUUGGGAGGCUUAUCAAUGAGGUGAGGAAGAAGACAUCCAAUGAGGAACUUGCCAAACGUGCCAAGAAAUUGUUGCGGAAUUGGCAAAAGUUGAUAGAACCUGUAACCCAGAAUGAGCCAGUGCCAAGAGGGUUGCCGAAUCCACCUGGAUCAGCAAACGGUGGUGCUCACAACUGCAAACCAGAAGCCCCUUUUCCUGCCAUGGCUUGAUCAAAGCCAAUCAGUGAAUUGAAAAGCAGGAAUGAUAUACAGAAACUAAACUCUCCGAAAACCGAGAAACUGGGAAAUCGGAAAAGGAAAGGUGAACAUAGAGAUGGGCAUCAGGGCCCUCCUGCCCCAAAAGUCUCCAAAACUAGUCAUGAAGUAUUACAAAACUCUUCACCCCCUCCAACGAACGGAAUUGGAGGUAGUCCUGAAAAUUUCCCUAGUCCUGUAGAUGUAAACCUACAUGCAGGGCCUGAAAGCAGCAGGACAGAACUCAGUGAAAAUGACAAACACAGUAAGAUCCCAGUAAAUGCUGUAAAACCUCACACCAGUUCUCCAGGACUUGUAAAACCUUCAAGCACUUCCUCGUUAUUAAAGACUGCAGUGCUUCAGCAGCAUGAUAAAUCGGAAGAAACUACAGGACCACACCAACCUAAGAGUCCUCGCUGUUCCUCGUUUAGCCCUAGGAAUGUUAGGCAUGAUACUUUUGCUCGGCAGCAUACUACGUACUCACCAAAGGAUUCAAUGCCUAGUCCAUCUCAAAGGUCUCAGUUCUUAGAUACUGCACAGGUGCCAUCACCACCACCAUCCCUGAUGCAACCAUCAACACCUCCAAUGCCAGCAAAAAGACUGGAGUUCUCUCAGCAAUCAGUAACUGAGGUGUCUCAGCACUGGCAGGAGCAGGUACCUUCUGAAAGCCAGCACAGGCAUACAGCAGGGACACUUCAACAGCACACAUCUCCCAGCUGCAAAACCAGCUCCCAUUCUGGGGAAUCUCUCACGCCGCACAUUGGCUUUUCACAGGACACUUCAAAAAUGGACAGUGAUGAUGCUGCUUCAGGUUCCGAUAGUAAAAAGAAGAAAAGGUACCGACCUAGAGACUACACCGUCAACUUGGAUGGGCACGUCACAGAAGGGGGUGUAAAACCUGUGAGAUUAAAAGAGAGAAAGCUCACUUUUGAUCCCAUGACAGGACAGAUAAAACCUUUAACGCAGAAAGAUCCUUUGCAGGUAGAAAUUCCUGCACUCACUGAACAGCACAGGACAGAAACGGAAAAGCAGGAGCAAAAACCCAACCUGCAAAGCCCUUUUGAACAAACGAACUGGAAAGAAUUAUCCAGAAAUGAAAUAAUUCAGUCCUAUUUAAACAGACAGAGUAGCUUGCUGUCCUCAUCAGGAGUACAGACUCCAGGAGCUCACUACUUCAUGUCUGAAUAUUUAAAGCAGGAGGAAAGCACUAGAAAAGAGGCUAGAAAGACUCAUGUUCUAGCUCCUAACAGCAAACCUACAGACUUGCCUGGGGUCACAAGAGAGGUCACAAGUGAUGAUCUCAACAGAAUACGUGAACAUAACUGGCCAGGCGUGAACGGUUGUUAUGAUACACAGGGUAACUGGUAUGAUUGGACACAGUGCAUAUCUUUAGAUCCACACGGGGAUGAUGGUAGAUUGAACAUCCUGCCUUAUGUCUGCCUAGACUGAGUACAGUUUUGCUAAAAUGCUUUUACAUCUGCAGUUAGCAAAAAUGGCAGACACUAUGCCACUUAAACAUGGAGAAAGCCUCCUGUCCUGGACAAACAGGCCCAACGAGCAGAGGGUGUGAGGGAGCUGGUUAUUUACAGCUCUUUCCUUUAAAUUCUCCUUUUGUGAAAUGCUGCUACCAGUUUACUAACAAUUGCAAAGGAAGGCAUACGAAGGUUGAUAAAUUGAGUUCAAAACUCUAUAGCGAACCAGCUAUAAAAAAGUGUUAGUCCCCAAGAAGUGAAGAUGAUUUCCAGCACUUUCUGAAUGCCGGAAUCUUACUACAGGCAGGUACAGAGAAAUUGUGGAAGUUACCUUAACAAAAUAUGCAUCUAUUUAUUUGACUUGAUUUGGGUUUUUAUUUGGCAGUGAGAUAUUCGAGAGACAAUGUGCAAAAACUGUAGUUUUAUUUGUAUCACAUCUCUGAACAUGAUUGCGUUUUUAAAGUCAUGUGGUACGGAGAUUGGGUUUUAAACAGCAGGUGUUGCACUGCAGGCUGGGAAACCAGCUUCAGCUCAACAUUCCAUAGGCAUCCACAUAUUUUAGUCUGGUUUCAGUUUAAAUCCAGUCUCUGAGAAAUGCUGCAAAAACUAGAUGUUUAAAGAUAUUUUUGAUCCCACCACCACCAGCCAAAUAUUUUUCCUCCUUUUCCCUUCCUGCAAUCUUCUAGGAAAAAAAGAAAAUCACCUUUUCUAGAAUCUAAACGUAAUGAGGGUGCUACAAGUUUGUAAUUGUACUGUGAGAGGGAAAAAGGAAGCCUGUUUGUAUGCUGGAAAUAUACUUGUUACCAUUCCUUUAGAUAUUGUUUGCCUUAUGGAUAUCCAUCAUAAACGCAAUUUGCAAAAACAAAGAGCCUUAGUGAAUGUACAGUAACUAGACUUCUGUGUUCUUGGGAUGCAGAAGGGAGCAACUUUGCUAUUUGGUCCUUUAAGUGGACACAUUGUGAUAUAAAUGUGGAAAUAAAAAAAAUUUGCACAAAA